AUGGCCAGAAAACGAAGAUGCGCACAGACCGCGUCCAAUCGUCCUACCAAGCAACAGAAAUCAGCCAAUCAUGACCACGCCGACCCACACCACCUGGUGUCCUCUGUACACCAUGCCGUGCUGUCAUCCUACUAUCCGAGGGUUUGCACACUGAGGAGUUAUCUUCUGGCAGCCUUGCCUGCCACGUCUCGUGUUCGAAGACACAAUCUUACAGAAUUUGGAAAGAAUGAUGCUGAUGGCGUACUUGACACCUGCCUGGUUGGUAUUCUCAAAACUGCCUCAGUGUCUGUCAAGGAGUCGAGGAAAACCGACUUUGCUACAUUCACUCAAAGCCAGUUCCGCGCCACUGAUGCUAACACUGACCGAGCGCAGCCAUGUUGUAUGAACGAGGUUGUCGAUUUCGUCAUUUGGUCACUCUUCAAAGGCAAUUUUGCGAACAGGGUUCGGCCACAGCACAUUCUUUGCCAUGGUCUCCAAAGAGGCAUCCUUCCUCAGGAUCAUGGAUAUCAGCAUGGCGGACCGGCACCUUUUCUGCCUGGUAUCAUCCGAAAGCAUCCCAAUGAUAAUCUAAUCACUCUUAAGUCGUCUCCAUGGUCUGAUAUCUUAUCUUUGCUCGGAGCAGACGGUGAAGUUAUCUUCGCAAGCCUGCUCCUGGAUUGUGGUGUCUUCACACGAAUAGCAGGCGGAAGAGACAACUAUUUUCAGUUGAGCGGUGUUCCAAUCUCGGAGCUGCCUCAAAUUCACACCACACCUCCAGGAAGAGCCAUUUUGCCGAAGAGACGGGAUAUCCAACGACAGCGACCUGGGGACAUUCGUUUCGUUAGAAAUCGCAUGUUUUAUGCUAGACCAUUUCUUAACACUGUUGGCAAGGUCAAAGUGGGACUUCACCAUACUCAUAUCCUGCAAAGAUUACCGGACGCUGCGGAACAACACCAAGCAGUCCAUAUUUUGAAGUAUAUCUUCCCACGCCAGUUCGGUCUACACAAUGUUUUCACAUCAGUGGUGCAUUCAAGCGAGACGUCACAUCGGUUCAAGGACUACACAGUCCGCGAACAGGAAAUUACCGUGCAGAAAAAAAGGCCGUUGGCUUGGGCGCCACGUCGCCUUCGUGGCGAGCCGAUACGGCUCGUCCAGAAAAUCUAUCAAAAUCACAGAUCAUGUUCCUACAGUCAGCUUCUGAGACACUACUGUCCUCUUAUGUCUACUGGCUAUGAAGCCCCUGUCAUCCAGAGUAACGAAAUACUGUCGUCCAUGGCGGGCUCGGAACUCUUCGCCACACAGAUCAAUCCAUCUGGAAUGCCAGGAACGAACUUGGACACGGCUUGCAGCAGCAACGAUGGAGAUUCUUCAUUUUUACCACAUUCAACUCCUGUGGCCAGAGUCUCAGCAUUUUGCCGCUCGGUCAUCUCCCAUCUGCUCCCCCGUCACACAUUUGGAAGCGGCCCAGGUGGUCAGCGGAAUCAUGAAAUGAUGAUGAACAAGAUCGAUGAAUUCGUUCGAAUGCGCCGGUUUGAGACCAUGAGCUUGCAUGAGGCAGUCCAAGGAAUCCAUGUAACGUCGAUUGCAUGGCUGCGAGGACUAAAAUGUUUGGAUCAGAAAAUGUCCAGGUCCGAUUUCACGAAGCGGCUCGAGAUUUUUCACGAAUUUGUCUACUAUGUCUUUGACUCUUUGCUCAUACCGAUCGUUCGAGCGCACUUCUACGUUACCGAGAGCUCAACGCACCGCCAUCGUUUAUUCUAUUUCCGGCAGGACGUAUGGCGCAAACUAUCCGAGCCCAGUCUUGCAAUGCUAAGGCUGAACAUGUAUAUUCCUGUCAGACCCGGCAAAGCUCGGCUCGAGUUACGAUCUCGAACAUUGGGAUAUAGCCAUCUUCGGCUGCUGCCAAAAGAUCAAGGUGCAAGACCCAUUACAAAUUUGAGGCGACGCCAACCAAAGCUGGAUGCUGGGAGAAGACUCCUCGGAGACAGCAUCAACGCCCAACUUGCUCCUAUCUUCCAAGUGCUCAAUUUCGAACGAGGACGCAAUCCUGUACCAUUAGGCUCUGCUUUGUUAUCAGUUGGUGACAUACACAGAAAGGUGGCGGAAUUCAAGAAGGUCAUUCGGUCGCAAUCUCCUCUGUUCUUUGUUAAGGUUGAUAUCAAAUCAUGUUUCGACACCAUUCCACAGGAGCCUCUUCUGCAAAUGGCCAGCUCCUUGCUUGAAGAAAAUUCGUACCGGACAACGAAACAUCUUGAAGUCAAGUCAAGGAAGUCUGGACAGCGUGCGGUUCAGGAAGGUAUGAGACGACGAUUCGCCGGCACGGCUCGUCCAGCCGACGCUCGUGCGGUGCUCUCGGAGGCAUCGAUUUCCAGCAUAGCCUCUGGGAAACGUCAUACAGUCAUUGCGGACACAGGAAUCAACAGAAUAUGGAAUCGAGAUUCGUUGCUGAAGCUUCUUCAAAAUCAUGUGGGAGACAAUAUGAUUAAGAUCGGCAAAAAGUACUUGAAGCAGAUUGACGGCAUCCCCCAAGGUUCAAUUGUCAGCAGCCUUCUCUGCAGCUACUUUUACGGUGCGUUUGAGCGGAAUGAAUUAGGCUUUUUGGUGCCAGAAUCGUGCUUGCUAUUGAGGCUCAUUGACGAUUUCCUGUUGAUCACGACAGACGAUAAGCUUGCUCGACGAUUUCUGGAGGUCAUGGCAAGUGGUGACCAGCGUUAUGGAAUCCGGGUCAAUGCUGAAAAGUCCCUGGUCAAUUUUGAGGCGACUAUCAAUAGUGAGAAAGUGCCACGAAUACACGGCAGCACCUUUUUCCCAUACUGUGGGAUGGGUAUCCACAUGGAGACUUUGGAGUUGAAGAAAGACCGAGAGAAGAGAGACGCAUUCAUCAGCAAUGCGCUGACGGUGGAAAGCUGUACGAGACCUGGAAUGACUCUGAAAAGGAAAAUCCUAUCGUCUCUCAAGCUGCAGAUGCAUCCCAUGUUGCUGGAUAUGUCACUGAACAGCCGGAGCCAAGUGGUCUCGACGUUGCUUGGGAACUUCACGGAGUCAGCAAUGAAGAUGCAUCAGUAUGUUACGGGGUUGGGUCCAAAGAGACAGCCGUCGCAGAGACUCCUUCAAGACCUGAUAGAAGAUCUCAUCUCGGCAGGGAACAAGAUUUGUUGCGAGAAGAAUGACAACAAUGCGCACGUCAGGCACAUCAGCCGGCGGCAAAUGUGUUGGAUUGCCGCAACGGCCUUUGAGGGUGUCCUAGAGCGCAAACAGAGCCAGUACAAGGAUCUGCUCAUUUGGUUGAGAUGGCUGCGAGAAAGCGCACAGCCCAGUAUGAACAUGGAAGAAGCGGCCAUGGGACGGCUUGUGCAAGAAAACAAGAGAGCCUUCCGCAGCUAUGUGUAUUGA